UUUAUCAUUAACAAAAUACGACCAGCAAAAUAUGCAUUCAAUGGCAGAGAUAAAGGAGGGUAAAGAGGAAGUAAGAAAAGAUGAAGAAUUGGACCGAAGUACGCUGCACAGUUUGCAGAAGAACUCGAUCAGCGCCUUCAUGGAGUACGGUCAGAAAAUCGGAAGGAAACCAACCCUGGAAUGUCACCCAGUCAAGAGAUUAAGAUUGUUCUCUGGAAAUCCAAUUUUUAUAGCCUCUGCAUGUAUUGGAGAAGAUGUAAUUUGUACUGCCGAGGCACCGAACAAGAAAGAUGCUAGAACACAAGCAGCCGAUAUGGCACUAAGACAAAUGCCUCGCAACCUGAAUGUAAAACAGGUACGUACAUUUGAUGAAUCUUCAACACGAAUGGAACUGGCUAUUCCUGACAAAGAUCCCGUUAGUGCCUUUAUGGAGUACGCACAGUCAAACGGACAAACUGGAUGUAUCGUACAGGAUUCACAGACAGGACCAUCACAUUGUCCAACGUUUUACAUGCAUGCCGAGCUUGGUAACCGUGUGUUUCAGACAGUUGAGCAUGGAAACAAGAAAGAGGGCAGGAAAGAAGCCGCAAAUGUAGCUCUGUUGGAACUGCAGAGUGAAGGACGAAUACCCAAACAGACGGCAAGGCCUGGAACAAGCAGGAUGCGCAGGAUUGACGACUUUAGUGAUAUUUGUCCACCUGGUAAAAAUCCUCUGCAAUUGUUUCACGAGUUUGCUCAGUCCCAGAAACUGACUUGUGAUGUCAUUGAAACGUCUCCAAGAACCGGACCACCCCAUGCAUACACAUUUUUCAUGGCCGCCCGAUUGGAUGAGGAACAGUUUCCAACGAUAUCAGGAAAAAGUAUGAGCGAGGCAAAAAAUCGAGCGACAGCAGCAGCACUGAGAAGCCUUCAGAAGACAGGAAGAUACAAAGUCCAGUCAUCCCAGGCAAGGCCUGGUGGCAGAGAAAUUCAAACUUUAGAAACAUGGAGUGACAAAGUAGCCGCCGAGGUUAUUGGGAAAUUUGAGAGGGUGAUAUCAACAGUAGAAGAAAAUUUGUCAGGGCGCAAGGUUUUGGCCGCCAUCUUGUUACAUGAUAAAUAUACGAAGAGACUGUCUGUAAUCAGCAUAGGAACAGGAAACCGCUGUGUAACUGGAAAUAACCUGUGUGUUGACGGGAACGUCAUCAACGAUUCUCACGCAGAAGUUAUAGCGAAACGGGGUUUUAGAAGGUACUUGUAUAGUGAAAUACAUAAACCCCACUCUGGGCUACUGACAAGAACGCCAUCUGGAAAAUUAAAACUAUCUCCUCACCUGUCCAUCCACCUGUAUAUAUCUACGGCCCCCUGUGGGGACGGGGCAGUGUUCACACGUGCAAACCCUGGCAACAGUUCCAAGCACCAGCCAAUAUUCGGAAGCUCACAUCAGGGACAUUUAAGGACUAAGAUGGAGCAUGGAGAGGGGACCAUACCAGUUGAUGACGCUCCUCAGACUCUGGAUGGGAUCCGCCGACAAGAACGUCUUCGCACGAUGUCAUGUAGCGACAAAAUCUGCCGCUGGAACGUUGUAGGACUGCAGGGGGCGCUUCUGUCGCUGUUUGUAGAACCGAUUUAUCUGUCAACUAUUACCUUAGGUCAGUUGUUUAGUGAUGGCCACAUGUCACGAGCUAUGUGCUGUCGGGUAGAUCGUGACAGUAGAGCGUUAGAGGGCCUUCCUCCUGGUUAUAAACUGCAACAUCCAUAUCUAGGUUGUGUUACACGUCUGGAUGAUGUCCGCAUCGUGGAUAAAUCCCGCGCUCUCAGCAUCAACUGGAACUCAGCAGACGACACAGUGGAACUGACUGAUGGGACACAUGGGAAGACGAUUGGUAAUUCCACAUCUCGAAUAUGCAAAAGAAGUCUAUUCCAGCUCUUCAUUCAGACAAGCAAGAGUAAUUUGAAUCAAACAUAUCGUGAAACAAAAAACAUGGCCGAGGACUACAAAACAGCAAAAGACGUGUUUGUAUCAGCCAUGUCAGGUUACGGGUAUGGAGAAUGGGUUAAGAAACCGCCUGAAAUUGACGUAUUUCAUCUGAGAAGCAGUGAGACCAACGUGGAUACACGACGUGCAUACACGAACAAUAUCCGAAAUAAUACGCAUUUCUGGCAUCUCAAAUAUUGAGGGAAUGGUGUAGAACGGUGAGCUAGUUGCGCCAAUAUUGCUACCAUAAAACCUAUCAAAGACGAAAGCAAAAUGUAUUGCAGAGCGUGUUAAGUAACGUAACAUUCUGCACAGACUGGGAUUGUUGAAAAUUGUUCUUUGAUGUAAAGACUUUAGUUAGGUUCAUCGAUAGUUUUUAUAAUUUUGAUAAAUAUUGAAGAUAUUUCUUGUCUGUUGUAUACAGACUUUAGUAAAGAUUGUAACAGGGUUUCUGAUCGUAAUGAACUGAUGAAUGAAAACACCUCACAGGCAUUUGUUUCGGAAAUAAAUUUAACCCAUAGUACUACUACUAACAUUAUAUUAUGUUUUAAUU